AUGCAAUUCUCAACAACCAUCUUAUAUUCAAUCAUUUUAACCUUAGCUGGUAAUGCCUUAGCUGCUCCAAUCAACGGUACUGCUACUGAAGAAGCCCCAGCUCCAGAAGAAUCAGGUGUUGUUGGUACUUCAAAUGGUGUUGAAUUCCCAUUUUCCAAUGAUGCCAUCUUGGAAGCUGUUUCAUUAGGUUCAGAUAUUGCACCAAUUGUUUUAGAUGAUGCUGUUUAUUUCAUCAAUACCACCAUUGCUGAUCAAGAAUUAUCAAAAUUAUCCAAGAGAGAUGCUGAAGCAUGGCAAUGGAGGGUCUGGAGAAAUGGCCAACCAAUGUACAAGAGAGAAGCUGAACCAGAAGCUGAAGCUAACCCAUGGCAAUGGAGAGUUUGGAGAAACGGCCAACCAAUGUAUAAAAGAGAAGCUGAACCAGAAGCUGAAGCCAACCCAUGGCAAUGGAGGGUCUGGAGAAAUGGCCAACCAAUGUAUAAAAGAGAAGCUGAACCAGAAGCUGAAGCUAACCCAUGGCAAUGGAGAGUUUGGAGAAACGGUCAACCAAUGUAUAAAAGAGAAGCUGAACCGGAAGCUCAUCCAUGGCAAUGGAGACCUUAUUUAUAA